CUUUUACAAAAUACAUGCCUCAGAUAUACAAAAUCUUAAACCCUUAAACCCUGAAUAUUCUCGUAGACAAACAUACAAUUAUUAUAAUAAUGAGUCGAAAGGGAAAUUAUUAUGUAGUUUAUUGGGGAAAAAGGAAUUUUGGACAGCUUUUAAGACAACAUAGUUGCCGUUCACAGAAGUUGUGGUAGAAAUGUGCACUUUUUCUUCUUCUUUUUUUUUAGUAUAUUUCAAAUUAAACGGACGAAUGGCUCGCGGAAGGUAAUAAAAGUUUCUCUUUAAUUAUUUUAAUUUUGUUCACAGUAGCGCGAGUUCUUGUGCACGGUUUAUUGGUGCCCUCUUGUGGACAAAGUUUCAAAUAGCACGAGUGCUGUUGCUCAGGGCGACACAGUCCGUCAACAAAUUCACAGCGACCCUGCAGAACGUCGACCGGGAAAAUAUUGUCUCUCUGUUUCUAAAACUAGGACAUCAUGUCGAACAUCUCCAGCACCGCACCGGCAGAGAUGGACUGGGACGAGCGCUUCGCUCUGCCCAAAACCAACGCUGAAAACACGGCACUGAUAGAAGAGAUCCGUUUGAAAGAGGCCCGGCUGGUGUCGCUUGAUCACAAGCUCCGAAACAACGAGGAACAACAGGAGUUGAUGAGCGAAUUUCUCAAAAAUGGGAAAAAGGAGCUGGAGAACACUGAGGCUCUGUGCAGAGCCAAGGAGAGAGAAGAAGAGUCGGAGAAACACCUUGCUGCCCUGACAGAGAGGGAGAAAGGUCGCCUAGCGCAGGAGACGGGCAAAAUGGAGAACGAGCUUCGAUCCUUGGCAGAGAGGAGAAACAUGUUAGAGAAUCACAUCUUCAAGAACAAGCAGAAGCUAGAGGACUUCAAGGAGCAGAUGGACUGGGACCAGGAGACCAUGGAUGCCUUUCUGGAGGAGUCCUUGCGCAAAGAUGAGGACACGAUGGCUAUUAUCAAGUACGCUGAGCAAGACGAGCAGAAGAUCAAGUCACUCUCUCUGGCUAUAGAGAAGAAGACACUUGAGGCCCAUGAGAAACGCAAAGCACUGGACAAGGAGUUGACUGAGACCAUGUCUGCACAGCUUGCUCUGGAUAAGACCACAGAGAAUCUGCAGCAAACCCACCUGGAGACGCAGCAGCUCAUUCACCAGUGGGAAAACACCAUCAAGCAGAUGAAGCAGUGUGAUGCUGAGAUGCAGCAGUGCGCACUGCAACUGGCUUUGUUCAAAGAGAGCAUUAGAGAGAAGAACGGCACCCUCACAGAGAAGAAGCAUCUGCUCCAAACUCAGGACAACAACAACAAGGAAACUGAGAGGGAGAUGAGCGUCACCCAAAGGCGGGCUGUGAAACUGAGGCAGGAUGUGAAGGAGCAGGAGAGCAACUGUGGCCGACUGCAGGACGAGGUCAGCAUCGCACGCCGUACGCCACGCGUCAAGGUAACGGGGGUCCUUCGAUGCGGUAGUAAGUUUGUCGUGUUUGUGUCGCAGCUGGAGACUUGCAAGGGCACGCUGGACAAGGCGACCUCCGGUGUGGAGUCCGUGACGGCCAACAUUUCCAAACUAAAGAAAAAGAUCCAGGAAAAUAACAAGAAACUGAUUGAGGCUCAGGUGUACAACACCGCACUGGAGGAAAAACUUAAAGCGAUAACUCAGACCACACUGAGCGAGGAGGAGAGAGCUGCACAGAUGGACCAGUUUCUGAAUGAUGAGGAGCAGGCCAUCAGUGAGCUUGAGAUACAGUUGCGCGACUGCACGGAGGAGGUCUUUCGCCGUCGAGAACAUCUGCAGACCCUGAAGACCACAGAGAAAAACUCCACCGCCCACAUUUUAAGGGGAAAAUCCACCAUCACCAACCUGAAGAGCCAGAUCAGAAAGGUGGAGAAGGAGCUGUUACGACAGCAGAUGACCAUUAAUGAGCAGGACACUAAAAUCAUCUGCCUGAGAAGAAAGCUGGCCCGACUGCAGGGUGACGUGAAGGUAGAUGAAAAGAAAGUCCUUGAUUUGAAGAUCACCGAAAUGAGCAAAGCUCUGGAAGAGAAGAAGACGUGGGCCCAUAUGCUGAGCAGCUGGCUGAAGGAGUCUGAGGAUGACGUCAGAUUACUGAAAAAAGAUUUGGAGAAGUCUGAAUCUCAAAAGAGAGACAUGGCUGGAAAAGUGGAAGAGCUCAUGCAGCUGGGGAAUACAAACGACAAGGAGCUGAAGAAACUCCGGAUGAAGAAACAGGACAACAUGGUGGAGCACAACAUGGUGAAGCUGGAGGUCAGACGCGUCAGAGAUCUGCUGUACAACAAGGCGGACACGGUGCUGUCUUUGGAAAAGAGGAAGCUGGAGCUGCAGAAAGUGAUGAAGGAGAGAGGGGAGGAGAUCCAGAUGUACAGACAGAUGCUCAGUCACAGGCUGAAGAUUACUGACCAGGAGAGGCAGAGGCUCAGUGCUGAACUGAAUGAGAAGCUGGCCAAGAUCAACAUGGCGAAGAAGCGUUUUGAAAUUGUAACAUUUUCCGUAGCAGCUCCCGAGGGGGACGAGGAGAGGUCGCAGGCUUACUAUAUCGCAAAGGCUGCUCAGGAAAAAGCUGAGACCAAGCAAAGAGGAGAUAUCCUCGAGGCUAAAAUACGCAAGAUGGAGCUGGAAAACAAAGCCCUGGAGAACACCAUCCUGCUGUUCAACAACAGCAACUCAACAUUCCGCAGCUCUCUCAACAAAGUUGACAAAUCAAGUCCAGAGUACCAGGAAAAGCUGAGGUUAGAGGAGCAGCUGAGAGCAGCUGAAGAGACGCUCAAAUACAAACGAAAACAGAUCCAGGAGCUACGACGAGACGUACAGGACAUGGACAGUACUUCACAGAGUCUGCUGCAGGAGGAGCAGGUGGAGAAGGAAAAGAGAGACCAAAAACAAUCAUUAAUCAGUCGAAUGAACAGAGAGAUCACUGCCCAACUGGAGAAAACGAACAGAGCCACCAAACAGUUCUCGAAGCUGACCAGAGAGAUCCGAUCAGCCAGACACACCAAGCGCGAGACGUUCGAAGAAAAAGAUAUAAAACUGAGAGAAUUCAGAGAAUUGAAAAGGAGCACCUGUAAGAUGCUGAACGAGGCCGUGGAGGACAAGCCUGAUCUGAGAUCAGUCCUGGAGACAUACUUCAUGCAGGCCAACCUGACUUUUCCAUCCCCUUCCUCCACUCCGGGCAGCUCCAAGAUGAACUCUGCCCGUAGCUCUCUCAGGUCUCCUGCAUCCUCAGCCAGCAGCAGCAGCAGCAGCAGCCCCAGAGCUUCUUCUCUCCGUUCUCCCAUACUGAAUACUGUAGAACUGGGUUUAGAUGUGGCAGUGACUUCUCCUCCAAACAGCUGCAGAAGUUCCCGCUCUGCAGACAGCGGCAACAGCAGGAGAAAAUUUUAGAAAUCAGAAACUGAACACCAGAAUGGACACAAGGUUUUACUAAAACAUAGAUGAUGAAAUUUUAAGUAUUUUCACGUUGCAUCAACCCAGUAACUAUUCCUAUUGAUGCUUAAUGUUUUUCUCAUCUUAACCUUUUCAAACUUGGCAAAGUUCUUCUUCGAAAACCACCAAAAACCUCCAAAUCCUGAGUCAUGGCAAUCUUGUUGUGUCACUGGAAGGCCCGGUAAUGAGUGCAUUACUACCCUCUGUUGGAUUAUCUGUGCACUGCAUGUAUCUGAUUGUAUACAUCUGGUUUUUUUUCAGGGGAAAAAACGUCACACUGCUCAUGUGGAGGGCUGUAAAAAUAUGAUACGUUUUUGCGUUAUAGCCUUUAUUUUUCUUUACAAUAAUGUGCACUCCUGUGCUGUGCCCAGCUUUCCUACACGGUCCGUCUCCUCUCUCCUUGGUUAAUUCCACUCACCUGUGGUGGAAUUCAAACCAUUUGAUGAAUUGAAUUAAACAUAGUCAUCUUGAUUGUGUAGGAGGAAUUGUCUCCUCCUUUACAUUCAUGACAAUGCUGCAGCACUGUGGAUGUUUCUUUGUUUUUUUUUUCAGGCAUGGCAUAAAUAUAUCAUACCAAUACCAAAAAUACCAAUGGCAUGGCAUCAAGUCUGUCAUUUUUUUUUCUCUCUCUCUCAGGAACCUGCUGAAACCCUUAAAAAGACUUCACCGUCAGGGGAAAGGUACAGGAGUCCAUGUCAGGUCAGCCAGAAUACUGCAAAGCUUCUUCCCACAGGCAGCAAGAAUUGGAAAUGGACCCGUGCCCAUCCCUCCCCUCUCACCUCCCCCACUACACACACACUAAAUGUAGUGUUAAUUGUGUCUGGGAUUUGUUGCACAUUUUUGGAUUUUAGUACUUUUGCACUACACCAUUAUUACAACACAUAUCUGCAUUUGUCAUUGUGACUUUUUUUUAUUUUACCCAAUUGAAUUUUUAUGUCUGGUGCAACAUCAAAAUUUCAACAGAAAAACCACCUCAUACUCGCAGUGUUGACAACUAGGAUUGACUCCAGUGCCUCCCGCGACUUAGCACAGUGCUAAACCAGGGGUCAGCGACCUUUUGGAAGCUGAGCGCUACUUCAAGGACACUUAGUAAAACGGAGAGCAGACACUCUUCUUAGCAUCGUCAUUGAACCCAUUUGAAAAUCAUUGCAAGUGGAACAGUACCAGGUUUAUUUUUGGAACAUACCCUACUGUCACCUUAGGUAGUCCAUGUGGGGCCCCACGUUGUUGACCCCUGUGUGCGAUAAUGGAUGGAUAAAUUACACGGAACCCAACUUCCUGUUCUUAGUUGCGUGACAGUAAUUCUCUAAAGCUGUCCCAAACCCUAACCCAGACCUCAGAUGUAAAAAUACCUGGCCUCUGUUCCUUUAUGGAAGUGCGACGAGGCCUCAGGCGAACAUAGCGUUGACGGCCCAGAACAGGGGCAGGUAUUUGAGGGUUCAGCUGAGAAUGUUAUUGUGUUGACUAGGACCGUUUUAAGCACAGCGACAUUGUCACGAGAACUCAGAUUACCGACGCAGGUAUGUCAGGCAUCCUGUCCACUCUGACUAAGUAUUUAAACAAAAAGUUAGCCAGCUGAUGUCCCUCAGGGAGCAGACCAUGGCGCGGACACUGACGCUGACUAACCCUAACCCGGACCGACGGCAGGAUUAUCACGACGAGCCAGCAACAAGAGGUAGGACCUGACAGAAUGCACGUUACAUCAUAAUGUCUGCAACACAAACUAAGACGGGGGUAACUGAUAUGACACAUCUUGACCCUUUGACCCUGUCUCUUUUUGCAAACUCUUUGUAGGUUUCCUUACACUCUUAUGUCAUAAUUUCUGGUCCUUUUGUCCCUUUCCCCCCUCUUUGAAAACUCCUUCCACUUGUUUGACUUUUUGUAGGUUUUUUUUUUGGCUGCUUCUUACACUGGCAGGGAAUGCCUCAUUUGUGGUUUUCGCAGUAAAUUACUUAUGACUCUUCAAAUUCAGCUUCAACCUGCGUUUUUUUCAGAAAAUUAAUGGAUGUAAUUUUUCACCCCGACACACUCUUAUGAAUCCUAAAUGCAUUAAUUUAUUCAGCCGCACGCUGUUUUUUUUUUUAUUCGGCAAGAUGGUGACUAGUAUGAAAGAGGCUUAAUACAUUUUCAAAUGAAUGCACAAAUAUGCAGGCAUGCAGUUUAUUCAGCUAAUCCUGCACCUUUUUAAUCUUUUGUAAUAACGUACCCACGUGUGUGGUGCCGUGCAGUGGAGCAUGGAGACUUUUCUUAAGUCAUCUGACAGAGAGGCAAUUAUUCCCGGUAGGACGGGACUGAAAAUACAUCCUGAGACACAUUCAUCAUCAACGUACUUAGGUAAUAGCAACAGGAUGAAAUACCAGUGCUCUAACAGCUCAAGGUAGUCUCUACAAAAAAAAAAUAAAAAUCAAAUCAAAUCAAACACAUAGCAUGAAGGAAAAAAAAUCUAGCCAGAUUUAAUCAAACAAAAUAAAACAAAAUAGUAAGCACUGAGAGACAAAAUAUUUCAAAUGUACACAAAUAUUAGGUAAGAAAGAAAAAACUUUGAGUUGAUCAGAACAUGACUGCUGCCUGCUGUAGGUCCUCAUCGUUGGUAACAUGAGCUGCUGUGGCAGAUAGCUGUUAAAUGCUGAAGCAAUUUACAGAUUAGAGACAGCAGCUUACCGCUUGUUGCUUACCAAAGCUAGCAUUACAGGAUGGUAGCCAUAAAAUGCUACAAAAAAAUCUGUCAUUCUGCAGAUAGCCUUUUAAAAAUUAAAAUGCUUUUUUAAAAAAUAUUUUUAAUUUUUCUUUUUCUUCAUUGAGGCAUCUGUAGAACAUGACGAAUAUCCACAGAAUGUUUUUAGGCUCUUUCAUUAAAUCAAUUUGCUUCUGUCCGCCGAGGCUCGCCUGGAAUGUGCCACAAAAUCUGAGCGAGACCGCAUGCUGCAUAUAUCACUGCAGACAGACUCAAAGUUAACAGGUAGUAAGUCACCUGCUGCCGUCGGGGCUGACCUCCUGAA